AUGAGUCAAUUCGCAAACCACUCUCCCAUCGAGGCGGAUGCAGAGAAGUCUGGCUCAUCUAAUACAAGCAACAACAACACGGGCCGUGCCUUCGAUAGUGGUACAGACUUCAGCGAGGAGGUUCUUGUACUACAGGGCGCUGAUCCCGCCAUGGACAAGAAGAUGCAUUUGGUCAACAAUACUUUAGAUGAAAUAGGUUGGACGACCUACCAUUGGAAACUGUUCUUCCUCAGUGGCUUCGGGUAUGCGGUAGAUGCGCUGCAACUGAGUCUGCAGGGUAUUAUCUCUGUCCAAGCUGUGAUUGAAUUCCAGCCCUCGUACGCCAAAGGUCUUACCAUCGCCCUAUACAUGGGCAUGCUCGUUGGUGCUCUAUUCUGGGGAUUUACCGCCGACAUCAUCGGCCGGAGGAUUGCGUUCAAUAUCUCUCUCUUCAUAUGUUCCGUCUUUACCAUAGUGGCUGGCGCCUCUCCUUCUUGGGAGUCGCUCGGCUUCUUCAUCGCUCUCGCCGCCUUCGGUGCCGGCGGCAACUUGAUCCUCGACACGACAGUCUUCAUGGAAUACUUGCCUUCGAAUAAGCAGUGGCUUGUUAGCUUGCUCGCUGCUUGGUUUGGAGUCGGGUGCACUAUUGCCGGAUUGGUCGCAUGGGGUUUUAUGCCGAACUUCUCUUGCGCAGAUGCAAGCAACUGCACUAGGGCUAACAACAGCGGCUGGCGAUACCUCAUGUAUACCAUCGGCGCAUUCAUUUUCGUCCUCAGUGUUCUUCGGGUGACGAUUAUCCGGCUCCGCGAGACGCCAAAGUUCCUCCUCGGACAGGGCAAAGACGCCGAAGUCGUCCACAUCUUCAAGGAACUAGCCGAUCAAUAUAAUAGGCCCUGUUCCCUGACCGUCGAGCAGCUUGAAGAAUGUGGUGUCGUCUCUUCCGCCCAUUCGCCCAAUCGAUUCUCCAUCGGCGAGUUUCUCAUCCACUUCCGCGCCUUGUUCCUCACCAAGAAGGUUGCAGCGACCACUAUCCUUCUUUGGCUCUCCUGGUCAAUCAUCGGCCUUGCGUAUCCGUUGUUCGUUGUCUUCUUGCCAUACUACUUGGCCAGCCGAGGCGUUCAAUUCGGCGUUAUCAGUACCUAUCAGACUUGGCGAAACUAUGCUCUCGUCCAAGUUUGUGGCAUCUUUGGGCCCAUGGUAGGCGGUCCCCUGGCAAAUGUUCGAUUCAUAGGACGACGUUAUGCCAUGAUUAUUGGGGCUCUGAUUACGAUGGCUUUUUUCUUCGCAUAUUCGCAGGUCUCGUCGCAAGAUGCCAACGUCGCCUACAGCUGCGUCAUUUCAUUCACGCUACAGAUUUACUAUGGCGUUUUAUACGGGUACACCUCGGAGGUACUGCCGGCGGCUCAUCGCGCAACUGGAAAUGGUAUUGCCAUCGCGUUUUGUCGAUUGGCCGGUGCUAUGUCUGCGGUUGUGGUGACAUACGCGAACCCGAAUACUACUGCGCCGGUUUUUAUUUGCGCCGCUUUGUAUGGAGGAUUAGCGAUCUGUGCUUUCAUGUUGCCAUUUGAGCCGUACGGGAAACGUGCUUCUUAG